UGCUGGCUGCUUGAACAUCGCCUCGCGGUCAUAAAAUCUGAAAAUUGUGUGGCUGAAAAUUUUCAAUAAAUUUCUGUAAAUCAAUAAUGAUUGUGAAGUGGACAAUUACCAAUACAGAACCUUUAUAUAAAUAAAAUUGGUGUGUUUUAUGUGACGCUUCGACAUUCCUACUGCCAACAAGGAUCUGCUGUGUUGUGAUUUGUAACAGGAAGGCGGAACCGACGAAAUGUUUCUUCUGGCUUUGAUUAACGUCGUGUUGUCGAUGAUUACGAUGUCAUCGGUACUAAUGCUACUUUUCUUCAUCAUCUUUCUGGCCUCCAUGGGCAAAUCGAUAGGCGUUAGACGGAAAUAUGUAGAAUUGCUGGUCAGGAUUUUCGAGUAUGGUCGUCAAAAUAUCGAAUCUAUCCGCAAGCAACAAUAUGACUAUUUGGACACGUCAGCGGAUGACAGCGGCUUGGCCACAAAUGUAGAUUCAAAUGUAACCGAUGAAGCAAAACCGAAAACAGAUAUCAAACAAAAUGGGAUCACUUCUAACGGAAAAAUUGCCAAUGGAGGAAACUCUGUGAUAAAUCGAGUGGAAUCAUUGAAAUUACUUCCUGACGUCGAGGGCGCUCGAAGUAAAAGUCGUGAACUGGAGAAUGAAAAGGAAAAUGUAUCGCUUGAAUUCAAUCUUUCCAAUUGCUUGGAUUACGUGAAAUCUGGAAUGGAAGCUAUCAUCGAAGAUGAAGUAACGAGCCGAUUCGAAGCAGAAGAACUAAAAAAUUGGAACCUCUUGACUCGUACCAAUAGACAUUAUGAGUUUAUUUCAUGGCGAUUAACCGUGAUCUGGGUGAUAGGAUUUUUCAUCCGCUAUGUCAUACUAAUGCCUUCGAGAGUUUUCAUUUGCUUUGUUGGGGUAUUAUGGUUGACAUUAUGCACAGCAGCUGUCGGUUGCCUGCCUGAAGGACUCACAAAACGAUGGAUGGUGAAAAUAGUAUUAAUACAGUGUUUCGGUGUACUUUCGAGUGCAUUAUCAUCCGUCGUAAAUUAUCAUAACAUUGAAAAUCGUCCAUUAAACGGUAUCUGCGUUGCAAAUCACACCAGUCCCAUCGAUGUUUUAAUGUUAAUGUGCGAUAACUGUUAUUCAUUGAUUGGCCAAAGACAUGGAGGGUUCCUAGGAGUGCUUCAACGAGCACUAGCUAGAGCGUCACCACACAUAUGGUUCGAACGAGCUGAAGCAAAAGACCGAAUGGCAGUUGCAAAACGAUUGAAGGAACACGUUUCGGAUCCAAACAAUCCUCCAAUUCUCAUUUUCCCUGAAGGUACCUGCAUUAACAACACAUCCGUGAUGCAGUUUAAAAAAGGAAGCUUUGAAGUCGGUGGUAUGAUCUACCCGGUUGCAAUAAAGUACGAUGCUCGCUUCGGUGAUGCGUUUUGGAACAGCUCGCGCUACUCAAUGAUGCAGUACCUAUACAUGAUGAUGACAUCGUGGGCGAUCGUGUGCGAUGUCUGGUAUUUGCCACCAAUGGUGCGUGGCGAGGGUGAGUCAGCAAUUGAUUUCGCUAACCGAGUGAAGAGUGUCAUUGCCAAGCAAGGCGGUCUGGUGGAUUUAGUGUGGGACGGUCAACUGAAACGAAUGAAACCAAAGAAAGAGUGGAGGGAGAAACAACAGGAGGAGUUCACCAAACGGUUAAAAGGAGAAUGAAAAAUACCCAUAAAAGAGACAUACAACAACACUGGUUGACUGGGUCCUUUUGUUGUAUGACUUUUUCUACCAAAUCAUGUGGAUCACUAGAAAUACUAAAGAGGUCGACUAAAUAUGAGCAUGGAACAACAUUACGGCACACUAGUCUGCAAAAGAAAGACAUGAUAGUUUACUACAUAUGUAUCCAUAACAGCCUAAAAAUUACCUAUGUACCAUAGAAGGUAGAUUUCAAACUAACUCUUCAGUUUCAAAGUGAACAAAAUGAUAUUUAUUAUUAUUUUUAUUAGAACAAUAUUUAAUUGUACAGCUGCCGCUAGGAAACCUUUAAUUCGAUAGCAUUUUCGAUUUAGAUGCAAAAGCACGAUGUCUAAACUAAUUUUCUGAGUAUGCACAUUUGACAUAAAAUAAAAGCAUGUUUAUUUUUGAGAAUUAAUAUAAUUUUAAGGUUCCAUUAGGUUAUCUCUGAAAAUACCGGUACCAGAUUAGAAAAGUAGUUCAUGUUUUUGUUCCUUUCAUAACGCAGGGCGUUUAGAGUAAACAUGAAGUGCAACAUGUUUAAUCAGACAAUUUACCUUAAAAUCUGUGUAGUUUUCAAUUGAAAAGAAAAAAAAACAUUAUAAAUAAGACUGAAAAUCUUACAUUUUUGCUAAGGGUUCUGGCAAACGGUGGAUAUUAUGGAACAUAAAUAUUAGAAUUAAGAUUGGUAGAAUUGUACAAGAAAUUCAUCUUUACAAACACAGAGGUAGGAUCACUAUACGAAGUAAACUGGUUGUUUAUGUUAAAACAGUUUUUUUAAUUAGUUACAAAAGACAAUCAUCGUAUUUUAUUGGACUUCAAAGACGCAAUUCUUUCUAUUGUUCGCACAACACAUAUCACACUAAUGAUUUAGUUCCAGUCUUCAAAUUAACUGUAUUUUGCCUCUCAUUCAUUCGAUGCAUUUAAUUGGUAUAAAUUGAUUACUGACGAUCGUGAGCCGUAAAACAUGCAAAUCAGACAAACGGAACUGUAAUAGACAAAGUUAUUUGUUGAAUUCGAUUUCAAUUUCAUAGUUUUUUACUACACUUGCUCAAAAGGCACCAUAGAAAGCAAAAACUGUAUCGUCGAGUAGCGCGAUUGAAAGACGGCGUGACCUUUACUCAGUUGAAAAGUCAUUUUGCUACAAGAGACGAAGGUAUACCUUAAGCGCAUUUUACGUACCAGUGCGUUUGAACAGGAAACUGCCUUGAAUUUCAUGGCGACACCACAAAGAGAUGAAAACAAUCCAAAAUAAAACAGCUACAAAAACAAGCGGAAACGAAUGAUCGAAAUCGACGGUGUUCGGUAUAGUACUCAUAGGAUCAUAUAACAUGAAGCUGUUUGACGGAAUUGAUGUUUUGACGUGCGAACUUGUUCAUGUAAUGUCGAUUUUAAUUAUAUUUUCAAAAUCGAAGGAUUUCGCAGAUGAUGUUUAGUGCCGCUAUUCGCAUAACCGUCACAUUUUCUAUGAAGUUUGCUAUAUAAAUGGGACUGUUAUGCGAAGAGCCGUAGUUUACCAACCGAGUAGAAACUGAUGAGGCAAACAGAAACAAAUGAUUACUGAAGCAAAAAGCUUUAUGUCAAAUGGUCUUAUCUUCAACGACAUUGGUCUAUUCAACAAUUCAAUUUCCCAGUGCUACUAAGAGCAGUAACCUAUUAGUUUUAAGAUAUUUGUAUUUUGAAAUUAAAUGUCGGGAAAAAUAAAA